CGCUACAGGAAGAAGAGAGCCUGGGCUGUCUGUCCUGCUGUUUUCAAGCUCAGCCAAUCCUCUAUGCGCGAGGGGCUUCAGCAUCAUGAUAUUUAACACACCCACCCUGAACAUCCGACAGAGGUAUUUCCUCAGGCGCCUGUCAACCGGCAAGCAUCACCUUCACAUGAGCUGGAUGUUCAUCAAGAAACGCUAAAACUUUCUCCAAAGAUCACGUUUGUCGACGGAAGGAGGUGCGAUGCCACACUUUCUCGAAACCUGCCAAGGCUGCCAUGCGUCUCAUCGCUUUCAACGCCUGAACAGCCUCUGUUUGUACCGGAUAAGAAGAGCGAAUGAACUUGUGCAGCUGUGAAAGCGAUCUCGUGCGUUGUAUGAACAGCGACAGAUGUUUUCUCCGCACACUGGAUGGACCGCGGCAUCGCGAACACGCACUUCUGUGGAUCAUUUAUCUGACGAGGUUUGACUUCAUUAUAUCUCGCAAAUAUCUGCAGCUAUUAAAUGUUAAAAUAGACUACGAGUGAUUGUGUCGGAGAUUGCUCUCGCGUCUGACUGAACGGGAGGAAUUUAAUCGCGAGCGCAAGUAAAUAACUGGAUUAUUGUUUCGCAUGGAUGUGGAUGAGCGCUUUGCUACAUAAAUCCUCCUUUCUACCCUAAAACUGGCAAAUGAAAACGAAAACGUUCCAUGUGUUCUUCUCAUAAAAUUGGGAGCCCGUGUUUUGUGUACUGUUGGCGAUGUAGUGCGCUUGCUCACUUUUAUCCCUGCAAUUCCAAACAAGUCUUUUCUCGAACAGGAGACCCUGAAGAUGAUCCUCUUCAGAAAAUUCCGCGUCUUGAUUCUGAUGGUGUUUCUUAUAGCCUGCUCGAUGCACAUCAUGAUAGACUUGUUACCGAAGCUUGAGAGAAGGAGCAGUAGCGCGUGCUCGUGCUCACACACACCGAGCGAAGAGCCGCAGAACUGGGCUAAGCAUCGAGCCAAGCCGGGAUCAGAGUCCAGCUGGCCUAAUAAACACACGCUCAGAAUACUUCAAGACUUCAGCAACGAGCCGAACUCAAACCUGUCCUCUCACUCGCUGGAAAAGAUCACCGUUGGGGAGAGAUCCGAGGCUUUGAAAAGGUUUGAGCAGUUGACAGGAGACGAGAAGAGGCACACGGCACGGGACUCUGCCUUGAAGAACGCAGCUGUCAAGGGUUCGAGGCUUUCGGCGCUAUUUGAGCAUCCUUUAUACACGAGGCCGUUGCCUACUUUGACUGACGAAGACACUUUAUUCAAUGUCAACACUGAUAUAAGAUUUGACCCUAAAGCUGCAGAGAACCCAGAGUGGAAUGGGGAAGGUAAAGAUGGGGAUUAUGCUCCUACGGGCGAGAUGUCCUCAGACUCCUACCCAAAUUGGCUCCGCUUCCACAUUGGGAUCAACCGGUAUGAGCUUUACUCCAGGCACAACCCGGUCAUAGAUGCAAUGCUGAAGGAUCUGCUGUCGCAAAAAAUUACCAGUGUUGCAAUGAAAUCUGGAGGCACGCAGCUGAAGCUCAUCAUGACAUUCCAGAACUAUGGCCAGGCGCUCUUCAAGCCCAUGAAGCAGACACGGGAGCAGCAGACACCCCCAGACUUCUUUUACUUCUCCGAUUUCGAGAGGCACAAUGCUGAGAUCGCAGCAUAUCAUCUAGACAGGAUCCUGGAUUUCCGUCGAGUGCCGCCAGUGACUGGGCGACUGGUGAAUAUGACCAAAGAGAUACGAGAUGUGACCCGUGAUAAAAAACUGUGGAGAACCUUUUUUAUUUCACCAGCCAAUAACAUCUGUUUCUACGGUGAAUGUUCGUACUACUGCUCCACUGAGCAUGCUCUGUGUGGAAAGCCUGACCAGAUCGAGGGCUCUUUAGCAGCAUUUCUGCCCGACCUGACCUUGGCCAAGCGCAGGACCUGGAGAAACCCCUGGAGACGAUCCUAUCACAAACGCAAGAAAGCAGAGUGGGAGGUGGAUCCAGAUUACUGCGAAGAGGUGAAGCAGACGCCACCCUAUGACAGCGGCACACGCCUGCUGGACAUCAUGGACAUGACCAUUUUUGAUUUCCUAAUGGGGAAUAUGGAUCGUCAUCAUUAUGAGACAUUUGAAAAAUUUGGAAAUGAAACUUUCAUUAUUCAUCUUGAUAAUGGAAGAGGCUUUGGUAAACAUUCUCAUGAUGAACUCUCCAUACUGGUGCCUUUGAGUCAGUGCUGCAGGGUGAAGAAGUCCACUCAUUUACGGCUUCAGCUGUUGGCUAAGGAGGAGUUCAAACUGAGUGCUCUGAUGGAGGAAAGUCUGCAGACUGAUACGCUGUCACCAAUCCUCAUUAGGCCUCAUCUGGAGGCCAUGGACCGCCGGCUGCGCCUGGUGCUCCAGGUACUGGCCGACUGCAUUGAGAAGGAGGGCUACAGUAAUGUAGUAGAGGAUGACCUGCUUGUGGAGGGCUUGAACACGGGCACAGCCCCACAAAGGUAGUGGGCACAGACUGAUCAGGCGCCCCCCGGCGGAUCCUUUGAAGUCCCACCACAGCUCUUUAGACCAUGAACGUCUUGCAAGAGAUGCUCUUGUUGAUAAACUUUUCUGAAUUCAGUGAAUUCCAAAGACUCAUUCCUCAACUAAUGGACCAUGUGUUCAAAUAAAGACACGCAGUACACAGAGAAAAGAGACGGUGUUCUGCAGUCCUGCAUUCAAAAUGUAAGCUGAUCUUCACAUGUAACAGCCAGUGUUGUAAAGCAGCGGUUCUCAGCUGGUGGACUGUCACCUUAAAAUGGGCCUGUCUGAAAAAUAACACUUAAAUGCAAAUAAUAAAAUAAUGAUGAUAAUAAUAUUUUAAUUAGUAGUAUUAUUAUUAUUGCAACUUAUAAAAUGGAGUGCAAAUAAAACUGAUAUAAUAAUAAUAGUAAUUAAUAAUAAUAAAUAUUGAUGGAUAAUUAUAUUAUAUUAUAAUAAUAUAACAUUAAACAAUAGUGAAAAAAUUAUCCUAUUCAGCUUAUGUUUAUUCAAUUUGGUAUAUUAUUAGUCCUAAGCAAUAAUAAUAAUAAUAAUAAUAUAUCUUUGUUACUUGAUAAAAAAAAAAAAAAUAAGUAGGGUUUUUUCUUUUCCUAUUUAGCCUUUGGUUGAUGUGAGAUGCAAAGCAAAUCCAGUUGAGAACCACUGUUAUAAAGGAUACCAGUAGCUACAGUGAAUGUUUGUCUGACGUUUUUGCAGCUAAAGAAGAGGCAACAUUUCAGCUUAUGUUUCCAUUCAAACUUAUGAGGAGCUACAGCUUCUCAAACUCUCUCACCGCUGUACGUAACGUGUGCACCUUUGUCUAAAUAUAUGUGGACUUUCAUAUCUUCAAACAACAUUCUUUAUACUCUCUCCAUACCAAGGAGGAAUGAGAGGAACUGUGCUUUCAUAUAGCAAUGUAUUUUUCUUGAUCUUAUUUAGGACAAAAUGCUUUGAGUGAAGUUUUCUCCUAAAAGUGUCCCGUCUGUCACGUUAUAGCUAAUCAGAGGUUAUUUAUUGAGUUCCAUAUUUAUUAUUCCAAACAUGCCAUUCAUAAAUUCUGUUACAAAUCAAAGAGGUAGACUGAUCUAGUACAUUAAACCAACUGCAGUAUUUGUGCUAAUGUGAGUAGAUAAGUAACAAUGUGCAGUAUGUGUUUGAAAAAAGAUGGUUUACUGGAUUUCAGAGAAAUGUCCUUAAAAUGUAACAACCUGCAUCAUUUCCAGCAUAUCAGUUCUUUUUUCAGUCAUAUUUAAUGCAAUAUCAAAAACUGAACAUUCGAAUAUCAACAAUCAAUAUAGUGUGACUGCUGCAUUUCCACCCACGUGACCUAAAAAUGUAGCCCUUAAAUUGCACAAGGAUACUGAUUAAUAAUGUCAAAUCUAUGAAUCACUGUAGAAUUUUCAUGCUAUUAAACUAACAUUUUGAAAAACUG